AUGGUCAAGAUCGCAAUCGCAGGUGGUACUGGAAACGUCGGGCAAGAAAUUGUCGAUGUUCUCACCGCUAACAUCACCGACUUUGUGCGCACCAAGGUCGCCAACCAGCGUAACAGCAUCCUCAUCACCUACGCCUUGACUCAGAAGGCAAGUCAGUUGGAGAGAUACAACCUGUUCGUCUACUUGGCAGUCUGUAUUGAACGAGAUGAUGAAAAAGGCCAAUGA